AAAUCAUUUAUUGCAAUUAUUGUUGCUGUGAAGAGUACAUUAGCACAAGUCAGGACUUCACAGCUAUUGACAAUUAAAUUACAAGGAAAACAAGAUGGAAAAUGAGGGCCCUAUGAUUUAUGCAGGAGCAGAGGCAGCACGCAAUCGAGCUGUCAAGAGAGCGUCAGCUUAUUAGGCAAAUGCUGCGUGGUUUCUGAAGAGGGUCGACGCUAUAAAAUCCCACUCCAGGCUCUGGUGUGGAGAAACUCAGAGCCCAAGUCCGUUGAGAGAUUGAAGAGAAAGAUAAGAGGGGAAGAAAAAGAGAGUGAGGACAGAAAGGCGAAGGGAAGAAAACCCCUGAAAAAGCCCCGCAGACGUCCCUCUGCAGAGAGGCGGCAGCGCCCCACUCACCUGCAGAAGCACCUCAGAAGCGAGCGCCCCUACCAUGCGGCUGCCGCUGCUCUUGUCCGCGGGCGUCUUGCUGGUGGCUCUCCUGCCCUGCCCGCCAUGCAGGGCCCUCCUCAGCCGGGGGCCCAUCCCCGGCGCCCGGCAGGCCCCGCAGCACCCCCAGCCCCUGGAUUUCUUCCAGCUGCCGCCGCAGCCCCAGCAGCCCCAACAGCCGCAGGCUCGGCCCGUCCUGCUUCGCAUGGGGGAGGAAUAUUUCCUCCGCCUGGGUAACCUCAACAAGAGCCCCGCUGCUCCCCUCUUGCCCGCCUCUUCACCUGUCGCUGGCGGCAGCGGCAGCCGCCUUUCGCCGGACGAGGCGGCCGCCAACUUUUUCCGCGCUUUGCUGCAGCAGCUGCCGCUGCCCCGGCGCCCGCUCGACAGCCCCACAGGUCCCGCCGAGCGCAGAGCCGAGAACGCCCUCGGCAGCCGCCAGGAGACACCGGAGAGGGAGAGGCGAUCCGAGGAACCUCCCAUCUCGCUGGAUCUCACCUUCCACCUCUUACGAGAAGUCUUGGAAAUGGCCAGGGCUGAGCAGUUAGCGCAGCAAGCUCACAGCAACAGGAAACUGAUGGAGAUUAUUGGGAAAUAAAACGGUGCGUUUGGCCAAAAAGAUGCAGUAUUUAGCACACACAAAAAAUGAAAAAAAAAUUAAAAUAAUACAAUAUUCUGUAUCAUAGCGUUGCUCUAAUACCAUUUGUUUAUUUUUUUAUAGCUUGAAGCCUAGCCGAUAUACAGCGAGAAAGCCUAUACUCCUUAAUUAGCAUGCACAAAGUGUAUUCACGUGCAGUAACAGCAACAAAAUGUUAUUUGUAUUGUCUACUCUGAGUUUCCAUUUCCAGGUGUCUUUAAUGGUGUUUAGAAAGUAUAGACCCAGAAGGAAAUGUUUUGAAGCAGACAGAAGUCACCCAAUUUAUUUUGUUGUGGUCUGAGCCAAAGAGAAUGUCAUUCUCUUGGGUGGGUGAAACAAAAUCUGUAAGCUCUUUGAAUCAACCUUUCCUUGUAAACGUUUCAGUAAUAAAACAUCUUUCCAAUCCUUGGUCAAUUUGGUUGUGUAAGAGAAUGUUGAAUAUUUAUAUUUUUAAUAAAAGCUGCAAAGAUAA